GGGAAGUGUUUUAGUGAGAAAUCAAGUCUUAUUAAACAUCAGAGAACUCACACAGGAGAGAAGCUAUUUUCAUGUCCUGAUUGUGGGAAGUGUUUUAGUGAGAAAUCAAGUCUUAUUAAUCAUCAGAGAAUUCAUACAGGAGAUAAGCCAUUUUCAUGUCCUGAAUGUGGGAAGUGUUUUAGUCACAAAUCAACUUGUGAUAUACAUCUGAGAACUCACACAGGAGAGAAGGCAUUUUUAUGUUCCGAAUGUGGAAAGUGUUUUAGUGAGAAAUCACAUCUUAUUAAACAUCAGAGAACUCACACAGGAGAUAAGCCAUUUUCAUGUCCUGAAUGUGGAAAGUGUUUUAGUGAGAAAUCAAGUCUUAUUAAUCAUCAGAGAACUCACACAGGAGAGAAGCCAUUUUCAUGCCCUGAAUGUGGAAAGUGUUUUAGUGAGAAAUCAAGUCUUAUUAAACAUCAGAGAAUUCACACAGGAGAUAAGCCAUUUUCAUGUCCUGAAUGUGGGAAGUGUUUUAGUCACAAAUCAACUUGUGAUGUACAUCUGAGAACUCACACAGGAGAGAAGGCAUUUCCAUGUCCUGAAUGUGGAAAGUGUUUUAGUGAGAAAUCAAGUCUUAUUAAACAUCAGAGAACUCACACAGGAGAGAAGCCAUUUUCAUGUCCUGAAUGUGGGAAGUGUUUUAGCUACAAAUCAUAUCUUGAUAAACAUCUGACAACUCACACAGGAGAAAAGCCAUUUUCAUGUCCUGAAUGUGGGAAGUGUUUUAGCUACAAAUCAUAUCUUGAUAAACAUCUGACAACUCACACAGGAGAAAAGCCAUUUUCAUGUCCUGAAUGUGGAAAGUGUUUUAGUGAGAAAUCAAGUCUUAUUAAACAUCAGAGAACUCACACAGGAGAGAAGCCAUUUUCAUGUCCUGAAUGUGGGAAGUGUUUUAGUGAGAAAUCAAGUCUUAUUAAUCAUCAGAGAACUCACACAGGAGAGAAGCCAUUUUCAUGUCCUGAAUGUGCAAAGUGUUUUAGUGAGAAAUCAAAUCUUAUUAAUCAUCAGAGAACUCACACAGGAGAGAAGCCAUUUUCAUGUCCUGAAUGUGGAAAGUGUUUUAGUGAGAAAUCAAGUCUUAUUAAACAUCAGAGAAUUCACACAGGAGAUAAGCCAUUUUCAUGUCCUGAAUGUGGGAAGUGUUUUAGUCACAAACCAACUUGGGAUAUACAUCUGAGAACUCACACAGGAGAGAAGGCAUUUUCAUGUCCUGAAUGUGGGAAGUGUUUUAGUGGCAAAUCAAAUCGUGAUACACAUCUGAGAACUCACACAGGACAGAAG